AUGUUGUUCAAGUCCCUUGUCACCUUGGCCCUCGUAAGUUGAUUUGAAAAUCGCUGCAUGUUACUGUCGGGCCUGGUACGAUGUCCCCGUAUUCGACUGACCCCGUUCAUUCCCCGCUUUGCCCUUGUCGUCAUCAUCGUCCGAUUUUGCAUAUACAGGCCGCCGGCUCAUUCGCCCAGCGCCCCACCAACACGUCCAUCUGCGACUACUACACCACGGCCUUGUUGAAGAACAACACGGGUGCUAACCAACUUGUGAGUUGCACUUCUUGUCUUUGUUAUGGUCAUGCGUUGCACUCGUCAAUCGGACGCCGCGGACCUUGGGGGCCAGGGCACCAACGACCCGCCGAUCGAGGCGAAAGCGCGCCAAUGGUGUGGGGAGGGCACGGCGGCGCUGGCGUGGUUCGAUCGCUCGCCAGCUGCGCCCACCAAUCUCCGUCAUCGCAUUGUGACACAACGUGUCCCGAUUUAAUCAAGCGCUGUCGCUACGUGAUCGAGCGGCUGCUAACCAACUCAAGUCCUUCUGCGUUCACAACAAAAUACUGCAACUCUCCAACUGUAGACACUCUUGACCCUCUUGGUCAACACCGCCGUUAUCGGAAACUACUCGUCGAGUAAGUUUUGCGUGCCCUCUCACCCGCUUGUGCCCCACUGGGCGUGCACAAUUUUACAGCGCCUGGCUUAGGGCCACGCAUCAUCGCGCAUUCCGCGGGCCGCUUGGCCUCAAGGUCGCUUUCCACGCCGCGUGCAUCCCUCUUUUCCACUCUUUAUCAUUGUCGACGUCCACCGACUAGCCUCCAUCGCUGCGGCGCUGACACCGUUCCCCUCCAUUUCUCUGCUUCUUCUCCUCGCGAACAGUCAACGUCGGCGUCGGCGUUCCCGGUAUCCUCAACCCCAACGGUACUUACAAUGGCACCGCUGUCAACCUUGUGAGCCUUCCUCUCGGGGCUUCUUGCCGUAUCUGGCGUGUUUCCUCGUGUCUGCGGUGCUUACUGCUCCCCUUUGUCAUGUGAUAGGUCCCCUACUUCUCGGGUGCUCUUGCCUCGACCAACCGAGGCGGAAACUCCGGCGUUUCCGUCAACUUCCUCGAUGGUGGAGGAGCUGCUCCCCUCAUGAACAACACGGCCGCGUGAGUACGGCCUCCGGAAUUGAUCUCGUGAACAACCGAUCAGCACCGCUUUCGGCACCUGUGCCCGCGCGUUUUUAGUUUCAGCUCUUGCAGGGUAUUCUGCUGUGUUUCUUGCUGCACUUGCUAACGCGUAUGCCUUUUUUUUCUGCCACUACAGUAACUCGAACUCGACCAAUCAAUAGUGAGCUUUUUCCCUGAUGACUGUCCGUGGUGCCGCCAAUGCUGAGACCCCACUUCAUCGAUGCGCAGCAAACUGCUCAACCACUUGUACGAGUUCUUCGGUGUCCUCCUCGGCUGCACGCAACUCGGCUCCACUUACCAACCGUACCCCGGCAACAAGUCGAUGUACGAGGUUCACAAGUACGUCUUACAUCGAAAGGAACCGCCGACCAUGGUCACGGCGAGGAACCGACGCUGACUUGACCGCUCUCCGGUUUCUGCUUUCAGGUUCAUGGUACUCGACCCCAGCGAAAUGAACUACUUCAUCACCCAAGUUGCCUUGUCCGCGGCCUCGUUCGGUGUUGCUGAGGCCGAUAUCGAGGCCGCCGGCUCGGCCUUGAACACGCUGUUCAACUACCGCUGCUCGCCACCCGUCCGACAGAACGUUUCGGCUGCUCUCGCCGGCACGCUCCAAUCGAUCUGCACCGAAUCGACGUGCCCCCUUGACGCCGACUCGAACUGCACGGCUCAAACUGCCAUUGCUGACCCCGUUGCCGCCAACUCGACCAACAACGGUUCUGCCUCGGCCACCUCCGCCAUGGGCUCCGCCACUGGCUCGCGCACCGGCUCGGCCACCGCUGCGGCUGCCACCACUACGAAGGCCGCUUCCGGUGCCAACCAAGUCAAGGCUGCUGGUGCCGUGGGCAUCAUCGGCGCUGCCGUUGCACUUCUCCUAUAA